UGGACAGUGUAACAGAGUUUGUUGCGAGCUCCGUUUUUACACUUAGUGAAAAAAAAAAAAAUCUGUGUAUCGCGGUUGCUUUUGUGAACGAGAUGUUGGAGAUGUUCUAUUCGCCAAAAUGAACACAGACUGCACCAAGCCUUCUGUUGCUCCAAAGCCAAGAUUUGCUUGUCACGCCAGCCUCAAGCUGCCCUCCCCUCUAAUGUCUGCAGCCAGGGGUCCCAAACCUUCUAUCGCCCCAAAACCUAAAGUCACACCAGAGCUUAAUGGCAACCAGGGAGGAUGCAGUAAUGGCGGCUCACUAACUUCAGACGGUGAGGUGGAUGAAGAGCACGAGAUGGAGAAUGGUCUGAACAAAGUGUUUACAGUAGAGGAACAAUUUAACGCCUAUGUCCUAAAGUCACCACAAAAAGAUUUACAGAAUGUGUCACAGGGGCUGGAGGAUGUCGAAGUGACAGAAGAGGAAAAGGAAGAGGAAAAAGACAUGAUUCAGAAGAUGGAUGAGGACUGGAGAUUAACUGACAGUGCUCUAACAGAGGAGGUGGACUCCCUAGAAACACUGUGGGUCAGUGAUGCUGGACUCACAGCUGACUCUGAGGAGGCAGUGGAGAUGAUUGACACGGACGUAACGGAGGACAUGGAUGCUGAAGGCUGUGAUGCAGGCGAGGCACUGGCUGACACAGAUGGCCUCUCAGUGGGAGAUAUUUCUGUUAAUAGCAUUGAUGAGGAGUCAGGCUGCUCCUCUGCUGAAAAUCGAAAGGCGAAGGAGAGGCAGGGAAAGCUCCAAAUCAAGGAGGAUGAAACAGGUGACUGUACAAGCGAUGAUUUAACUGAGUCUCUCACAAAUGAACCUUAUGUCCCCAUCAAUACAAACGCGAAGGAUGCUGAUGCAGAACAUGAUUUUUUAUCGAAUGGAGAGGACAAAGAGGAGGAAUCUGUUUCUGACUGUGGCAUCACUUGCAGCAUCCUGAAGUUGAGGUGUGGCCAUAAAAUGAAGGAAAAGGGUGAAAACCUACAGAACAUUGGCUUUUAUGACUUUAUCCCUGAACGCCAGAAACAGUUCUGUGAUGCCACCAAGAGACAUGUUGCCUUAGGGGACGAUCCAAUCCAUGAGCCUUAUUAUGUCUCUUCGGAGGACAUUAUUAACAGAGAGAUAAUGCCAAGGGAUAACAAAGCUCACAGACUGCCAGAUAGUUCACGAACACCACAGAAGCUUUUGUCUGUAAAUAGCAGUGGAAUAUCUGCUGGGAACUAUAGGGAAACAGCACAACAUGGACAAACAGCGUGUGUGUCCUCUGAGGAUUACGUAGAGAUUGGUAACAACGGCAAUGAGAACAAGGUAAGAGCAUGUCAGAAAAGGACAUCUUUCAAAACUGAAGAGCGCAAAGCUCAUACAGCGGAGGCCUUGUUGAAUCAUUUGGACUACCAGCCGAGGUUCAGGCUGGUAUCCAUCUCGGUGCCAACAGACACUGACACCUCACUGACCUCUUCUCUCUCAGAAAGCCAGCUGCUUUCCCCAAACGACUCAGACGUCUUUAGAGACGAUGAUGACCUGGAGGGUCACAUAGUGCCAUUUCUGGAUGACACCACUGAUACAGAGCAGGAUAUCAGUGAUGAGCAUGUUUAUGAGGAGCCGGGGCACAAUUCAGAGGGUGAAAAUGUUUUUCCAUUUGACAGGAAGGCCACGGGGAUGCACUCCCGCUCACUGUCACACCGAAGUGUGGCUGAGACAGGGGUGCAGUUUGUUCAGAGGACCUACGUGAGUGGAUUCGGACAACCUGCACUAAGCAGCAGCCCCAUGUUAAACUCAGUGCGGCACAAGGCCUACUCCAAACCCCACUAUCUGUCCUUAUACCCCCGCUCGUUCUCUAUGGAGGGACAAGACAUGCCUCUGUGUGUCUACAGAGACAGGGAAGAAUCACAGCGACAGAAAGGUGGAAUUUGUUCAUCUGGAAGCUUCUCCAGGUGCUCACCUUUGUCAUCCAGUGGCCUGUCCACUCCAACAUCUGUGGUAGACAUCCCUCCUCCAUUUGAGCUGGCCUACAUCACCAAGAAGCCCAUCACAAAGAGUUCACCCUCACUUCUCAUCGAGGGAGACUCAUCUGAGAAAAACAGGAAAAAGAAAUCUUCCAUUAAGCGCUUCCUGAUGCUUAAGUUUAGGCGGAAAACAGAGAGCAAGUCUGUGGUGGAUGUUAGCCCUUCCUCAUUUAAGGCUUCACCAGAGUCCAACCACCACACGGCCAGCAGACCGCUGGAUUUAGAUAGACACAGCUUAAGUAGUUCUCCGCAUCUCAACUCACGCUCUGCUAGUAAACCUCACGUUUCAUCUGAGCCAGCCUCCACCUUCUUGUUCUACAAGGAAAGUAAACGAAAAGGGAGCUCAGUGGCCUUCCUCAAUCGCAGCGUCGUCCGAGUGGAGUCCUUUGAGGACCGCUCCCGUGUGCCUUUCGUACCUCUUCCUCUGACCAAGCCUCGCUCAAUCUCCUUCCCCAAUGCAGAUACCUCUGACUAUGAAAAUGUUCCUGCCAUCAGCUCAGACUAUGAGAACAUCCAGGUUCCGCAAAGGAGGCCUAUUCGUCAGGGACCCUUCACAGACUUUUUUGACCGUCCCAGUCGAGUGCUGUCGUCAUCCAAUGAUACGGACGGUUAUGUGGACAUGAGCAGCCUCCCCGGGUUCAAGAGCAAAGCUCAGUCACCUGAGGAGGAAACAGAAAGUGCCUACACUGAAGCCUACAACGUAUGUUUGGUGGCUGCUGGUCCACAUACCAGUUCAGUAGGUGACACCAGGGGAGAGACAGCGGGUGAGGAAGAUCAGGGGCGCACCUCUGAGGAGGAAGACGGAGGUGCGGACAGCAAUUAUGACAGACAGUCUGACGGCCGAUGCAGGGCAUUUUACAUCGCGAAGGAACUGGUGGAUACAGAGAGAUUGCAUGUGAAAGCUCUCAAGCUUCUUCAGGAGGACUUUCGGGAAGCUGUGGGGACAGCCGUCGGGGACGAGGGGGAGCCUGUGGUGGAAGAAGAGAGACUUCGAGAGAUUCUCAAUGAGCUGCCUGAUGUUUACACCCUGCACCGCAGAAUCCUAACCGAGUUGGAGAAUCGAAUACGACACUGGGAGGAGAGCCAGAGGAUUGCAGACAUCUUCCUGUCCAGAAAAGCAGAGUUCUUGAUUUUUACCACUUACAUCGGCCACUACGACCGAAGUAUGAGCCUGCUGGAGGACAGCUGCCGAACCUCACCUGCCUUUGCAGCAAUCGUUCACCAGUUUGAGCAGCAGAGUCCAGCUGGGGAAAAGGUUUCUCUCAAGCAUCAGCUCCUGCAGGUCAUUGUGCGUGUUGCUCAGUACCGCAUGGUCCUCACCGAUUACCUAAACAACCUCUCACCUGAUUCCAAGGAAUACGAAGACACCCAAGCUGCUGUGGCGAUAGUGUCUGACAUUGCAGAUCAAGUAAAUGACAGUUUAAAACAUGGGGAGAACUUGUUGCGUCUGGUCAACAUAGAGUACAGUGUUCAUGGCCAGCGAGAUUUGCUGCAACCUGGCAGGGUUUUUGUGAAGGAGGGCACCCUGAUGAAGGUCAGCAGGAAGAGUCGACAGCCCCGGCAUCUGUUUUUGAUGAACGAUGUGUUGCUCUACACCUACCCUCAACAGGACGGGAAAUACAGACUGAAGAACACUCUGCCACUCACUGGGCUGAAGGUCAGUAAACCCAUCAUAGAAAAUGUCCAAAAUGCUCUGAAGAUCGAAGGAAGAGACAUCUCCAUCAUUUUGUCUGCAAGUUCCUUCAUCGAAAGAGAGGACUGGUUUUACACUCUAAGCCGCGCUGUAACUGAACACACUAGGGGAUCUGUAGCAUUCAACAGCUGCUCAGGAGAGGCCAGAGAACGUCUGCAUCUGUCUCUGGGAGAGAAAGCUCCCACUCUUGUUCCAGUCUCACAAGUGAUGAUGUGUAUGAACUGCACCUCAGAUUUCAGCCUCACUCUUCGCAGACACCACUGCCAUGGCUGUGGGAGAAUCGUCUGUCGAAGCUGCUCCAGGAACAGAUAUCCACUGAAAUACAUGAAAGACCGCAUGGCCAAAGUGUGUGAUCACUGUUACGCCGAGCUAAAGAAGAGAGGGGGAGAUGUGUCUCCGCUGACAGGCAAAAGUAGCCCUCGUCCAAACCGCUCCAGUCGCCCUCUCUCUGCUGUGUUCCAAAACAUUCAUCCUCCCAACAUUUGGAGACAUCGGAAAGGCACCGUCUCCUUCAACCAGGUGACGGUUUCCGAGGAAGGCUCCAUUAGUGGCAGUCUACAGCGCAGCAAGAAGAGCAAGAGAAACUGGAAGAGACUGUGGUUCCUCCUAAAAGACAAGGUGCUUUACACCUACCGAGCUCAAGAGGAGAAAGUAGCAUCAGAGAGUUUGCCUCUGUUGGGUUUCACAGUGAAGCUGCCUGACAAGCAGGAGGGAGAGGAGGAGGCCAACGUCUUCCAGCUUUACCACAAAAACACUUUGUAUUACACCUUUAAAGCUGAGGACAACUACACAGCCCAGAGGUGGGUAAAUGCCAUGGAGGAAGCCACAGUUUUAUAGGAUCAGCUGCUCUGGCGGGUUGCUGAAAUUAGAAGUCUGCUGCCUUUCUUCUACUAUAAACUCUUGUCUCUAAAAUGAAAUGACCAACUGUGAAACCAAAAAGGGUAGAUAGGGAAUAAAAAAAACAACAUAUGAUUAUGUCUGCAAGUUGUAACUUCUGUGACUGGUGUGAAGAAAAGAAGGACACGAUCACCUAGUUUGUCACCGUGCCCGCUGUUACAGCAGGUGUGAUGCUGAGAACCACGAGAGCCGAUGGCCCAGAUACCUGCCAGUGUGGAACAUUACAUUAAUGUGACCUGUAUUUCCCUCAGCAGCUGAUCAGCGUCAUUCCUCCAAAUCAAUAGGAAGAUUGUGGAUUUUUGGAAAAGAAAUAUAUAUUCUGUGAUUUCAAUUGUUUUUUUCAACACAUCCAAUAUUUAAAGACAAUAUAAACAAAUAGUUUCUUCUAACAUAUGCAGCCAUUUUACUGUGGUUUUCAGGGAGGCUUAGAAUAACAGGCAAAUUCAGCCUCACUGAGAAAUGCCCAAAUAUGGAAUGGCCCAAUUUUCAGUUUAAAAAAAAUGUUUGUAAUGCCUUCGUUUCAACAUCUGUUCUUCCACUGGAUUAAAUGUAUCUUUAUAACUAAUAUUUUGAAGCACAGGCUGAAUCAAAGAAUGAGUAAUUUUAUAUGUAUAGAAGUGUGCGUGUGUAGCUUUGCCAUGUACUGUAUUGUUGACACAGUCCUGCAAGUGAAUAAAUAGUAUCUAUGCUUUUUUUUUUUGCACUGAUAUAAAGAAGAAUGCACCUAGAAAAGGGAUAUGAGCGUACCUUCAUUAUAGAGGCCAAAAGCUUCAGCUACUGUACUUUACUUAAUUAAUUUACCUAACAUGUGUUUCUAUUGGGAAAAUGUGGACAAGUAUGUCUUUAUUGUUAAGUACUUAUAACAAGUAUAAUGUAAAUUCAUAUUUGUAUAAAGACUCCACAUCCAGCUGUGCACAGAUUUGUUGCCCUGGACUGAACCGUGGAUCACUAAUUUCACUGAUUCCACAUAAUCAGUGUCUUGGACUUUGUACUGUACUUGAUGAUUUAUUAAGUUUAUUUCUAACACUAUUAUUUUUAAAAAAAAGUAAAAGAGGCUGUAAUUAUGGAAGCAGUCUGUGUCUGUGUUUUCUCUGUAUCCUCCUCAUGUCCUCUAGGU